CUGAAUUAUUCCUUUGUUUAAAAAUACUUGUUCCUAUCAAACAAAUGUAUUACAAAAAUGAUAUUUCAUAGAAUUCAAAAUUAUGUUAAUUAAAUAAUCGCAUCAUAGAUAAAUUGAUUCAAUAAAUAACGAACAUGGAUGGUGAGCCAGAAACUUUGUCUGAAACAACUACGACGAAUUGUAAUAUUACCUCUGAUACACUUUCAGACUACAAUCAAGCCAAAUUAGACUCGCUAGAGAAAAAAGCUGUUCACUUGAGACUAAUUUUAGAAAAAGAUUUUAAAGCAGCUGAUAUAAAAUGGAGCUUGUUUGUGGCAGCAGCUUUCAGUUUUCGCUAUGAGAGCUGUCUUCGACCUUUUCCGCCGGCCUUCUUGAAAAAUGGAAUCAAGGAUAUGGAUGAAUUACUAAGCAUAAUAACUGAUGUCCCUGCCCUGGACCUGGUGCUGCAACAACUGGACAAUCUGGACAACCUGGCGCAUAUUAGCGACAUUCUUGAUCUGCUGUUUUACGUAUUGGUUAGAUUAAAAGAACCUAUACUCAGGACAAUGCCGCCAGAAUCGCAUGAAGUUAUACUGAAUUGUGCACACUCUUAUCACCCGGCGCCAAAGCCUCAGUACGUUUUUCAAGUUAUUAGUUCAGUAAAAUCAACAUCGGAAGCGAAGUGGAAAGAAUUGGCUAAGCACCACAGUGUCUUCUUUGCUUACCACGGAAAUCGUUUAGAAAACUUUUACACAAUACUGAACUUUGGUCUUCAACAACAUCUGAACAAAAUAAACAAGAACGCAGUCCUCGGAAAUGGGGUAUAUUUGUCAUCGGAGUUGAACGUAAGCCUACCGCAUAGCCAUGGAGGUUUCGGCUGGGGCGCCAGCUGUAUCGGCGGACACCUCUCAUGUGUCGCUAUGUGUGAGGUGAUCGAUGCACCUGACGGUAUCAACUAUCAGAGAACUCACCAUAACGAUGGUGAUGGUGUGUUUGGAGAAGAGAAAACACCAAAAUUUUUGCACGAGGAGACCGCUGGUGAUAACCCGACCAAUCAAUUGAUACCGCAUUAUUUAGUGAGCAACUGUGACCUGGUUCGUGUGCGCUACCUGCUAGUUUACGCCAAGCAGCCCACCUCCAUGAGGUUCACCACUCCCAGUAUAAACAGAAAUGACGGGGGACUCCGACAGUGGCUUUCGAGACAUAAGUUGUUUUCUAUACUGCUGGGAUACGGACUGAUGCUUGCCACGAUAGGCUUUGCAAACAAUCAGCCUAUUAACUAUUAUUACAAGAUUUUACUCAAGAAGUUAGACGUUGCCUACAGCACAGCCACAAAAGUGUGAUGCGACUUCGUAUCUUCUGGGUGUUUUGAAAUUGAAAGUGGUUGUGUUCUAUUAAUUUUUUACAUUUUGUUUUAUUUUUAGGACUUUUAUUAAAGUGAUAUAUAUGUUAGUUUUGAUUUUUUUUUGUUAUUCAAUGUUCAAAUUAGCUGUUUUAUGUUUCAUGUAUAAAAAUUCAGACAUAUUCGUAUACCUAGGUACUGAUUUCAUAA